AUGCGUACAGUGCGAUGGACGUGUAAUCUCUCCAGACAAAACGGAUGUUUCACUUCUCCCACUGAUAUGCCUCUUGGAUGCUCGAAAAACAGUAGAGGAAGUGCUUUCUGUAUUUGCAACAACACGGAUUACUGUAAUGAGAUUCAAAAUGUGAACAACGAAAGAGAGUUGGCAUACUUGACUUGUUUUAAGAAGGAAAACUCUCCCUGGGCAACUACAGAAGACUGUGUUCAUCCAUUCUGUUAUAAGAAGUCUUCUAGUUACGAUGAUGAAGUUGGCUACUGCACUUCACAGGAAAGAGAAAUGGAGAUGUAUGAUGUUGGAUUUGUUCAAACUGAAAUGUUUCUGCCAUUAGGUUCAUGCUAUGCAAUAGCAGAUGACUCUCGUUCUGAUAAAACGCAGCAUUGUGUUUAUAAAACAAACAAAACAACUCCAUUCAAGCAGAAAGUGCCGGGUAGCGUUAAGUGUUUCGCGCCAGCUGAUUCGAAAGAGAGAAUGAAAAAUUCUACAUGCGUCGGUCAAUUCUGCUUCUCCGCGAAUUCUGCUUAUGGAUGCAUAUCGCAAUUCAAUAGGGAGGGACCAGUGUUGAAGGUCGGCUUACACCGUCUUACGCCGUUUUUAACACCAUUCCAAAUAUGCGAUAGCGAUUUUUGCAACAAUCAAACGAUUCCUGAUGACGAAGAAAACAGGUAUAAGUACCCAACCAGGUAUGUUUGGAGCUCCGGAAGACGUCAGAGUUUCAUUGGGAUCCUCGUGAUAUAUCUCACGAGCUUCUUCAUUGGGCUUCAUGCUUGA